AUGUGGACGCUGAGCCGAACCGUACAGAAUGCAUACCCACCACGCAUCAAUUUUUUCUUCUCUGAGGGGAACCACAGCGAGGUUCCCACGCAUGCAGACAGGGCCAGCCUCAGAACCAGGAGUAACGUGCAGUUUGGUCGGCCCAGUUUUGGUCAGAUGUUCUACGGAACCUCCUCCAAAGAGGACUACCCGAGACGAGAGGGGGCCCGGGCCCAGCCCCACACACACCCCUCUGGACGUGUGCUCUCCGGCCUGGAACCAGAACCUGCUAUCACAACGAUGCAGAGAGACUUCCGUCCCUCAAACGGAAAAAGGCAGGAGCUGCCCCCCUCUCAAUUAAAACAGAUUAAAGAGAGUCACAUCAGUCCACCCUGUGAGAAGCACCACUUCAACACAACCCACAACGAGGCCUUUACAUCAUUUCCUCUGUCAAAAACAUCAGCAAUGAACCCACAGAGACUCCAGCACAGCUACGUCCCCCUGUAGAAACUCACACACACACACACACACACACACACACACACACACACUGUUACCUUUAAAACAAAUAAACACA